AAGCUUAACUGAAAAAAGCUUAAUGACUUGUGGCAUCUUACUACAACAGGGGGAGGUGUUUGCUGCCUGUCCUGUGUACAGAAGCCAUUCUGAUUUGAACCCAGCCAGAGCUUGGAAACAAAAAAAGCUCACAGAGCAGAGUUCACAUUCAGUUCGGGCAGGGCAUUGCUGCAGAGAGGCAGCAAAAACAACAGCACAAGCCAGCCUUCUUCUCCAGACAACAGGACCUGUGUUUAGGCAGAGCAUGGGAUUACAUGGGUCUAAGCACCCUCAGCAGGCUCAGAUUGUGAUGCUGGGCCUGGAUGGUUCAGGAAAGUCCACCCUGCUCUAUAAGCUCAAAUACAACGAGUGUGUCAUCACUGUGCCGACGGUUGGCUUCAACGUAGAGAUGUUGGAGACAGAGGCGAGGGGUCCUGGGUUGACCGUGUGGGACGUGGGGGGCCAGCAGAGGAUGAGGCCCUACUGGAAACACCACUACCAGGGGACAGGUGCUGUGGUGUUUGUGGUGGACAGCUGGGACCGCCGGCGUCUGGAGGAGGCCAGAAAAGAGCUUCAUACGGUGCUGAAGAAUGUGAGUUUAAAGAGGGUUCCUCUGGUGAUCCUGGCCAAUAAGCAGGAUCUCCCUGGGGCAGCAAACCCCCAAGAGGUCAUCCACAGGUUAGACCUGAGGAGAGUGUGUGAAAACAGGGACUGGUUUGUCCAGCCAUGCUGUGGACGGACUGGUGUGGGACUGGAGGAAGGCUUCAGAAUGGUUGCCUAUCUGCUAAAGAUUUCAUUGAAACAGACUGAGGUGGAUAUAAAGAACACAGUAAAACAAUUGAAACCUAAAGCCAUUCUGAUGAUGACCAAGAGACAAGGUCUGGGCCAAAGUUAGGACCAGCAUAAAACCCAGUGGCUGGGUGUUACAAUUUCCCAUGGAUUAUGUUUAUACUCUUCUAACUGAGUUGAUGAAGGCUCAGAACGACCUGUUAGAUCAUUCUAAUUCACAGAUACUCGGACAAGAUUCUCUACACUAGAACAAACUUGGGAUAACAUAUCACAAAGCUCAUUGUCUUAAGUCAGAUAGUGUGAUGAUGCUCCAGGAAAGUGAUCCACAUACUGACGCAAUCUGACGUGAGACAAUGGAUAAAGCAAUAAUUUUGCACAUUGGUUGAUUGUUUCAGUGUCCUGUAAUUGUAAUACAUUUAUGUUAAUAUCUGAACAUUACUUUGAUUGAAAUUAAUUUAUAUUUAAAUGAAAAACCACUGUAGUCCUUAACUGUUGUUAAAGGUUGAUGGGAUUCAAGAUAGA